AUGCUCACUCCCGCCCCCUAGUGGACCGGUGGGAUAUUGCGACUCGGGCAACUUGAGACCUUUCCCGUUGUGCUCGUCCGUGCGUGUGUCCGUGCGUGCACUCCCCGUGCACGUGGUGCGCGUUUCCCCGGCGCUGAAGCCUCGUCGGGCUGCGGUCUGAAGGGACACGAGCUGCUUUUGAAGGCUUCGGAGGAGGAGAGACGUUCUCUGUUGUUCUGCUGAGGAGGAGGAGGAGGAGGAGAUUGAGCACGCGCCCUCACCUGUGCCCACCAGGUGUGUUGUUUCAGAGCGCGAGACAUCUUGAAAAUCAAUUAAAAACCGAUCAUAUGUUCAGUUUUCCUCUUGGCGUCAGGUUGUUGGUGCUGCCUCGUGUUCAUUCGCGAUCAGCUUCAUCGAUCAGCCAAACGUCACGUGACUUUUGGUGUGACUUGCACCACUGGAUCGUUUAGUUUGUUAGCACAUUAAUCCUUAAAAGCACAAAAAUGCAAAAGCAAAAUCCAUUGUUGUUUUUUAAUUCACAGUUGAACCAAUCAAUGUCUUGAUCAAUCAAUAAUGUUUGAUAUCACAUAUUUAAAAUGCUGUGGUUGUACAUUCUGACUAUCACCGCACUGACUCGUCUCCAUCUUCUCACCUCCAUCUCCUCUGCGAUGUGGCUACAGCCGCCUGGACGCCACCCCGUCACUUCCGCCGGAGGCAUGAAGUGGUGGAGGAAGGUGGAGGCGUGGAGAAGCACGGAGCUGAAGAGGAGGAGGAGGAAGGAGGAGGAGGAGGAGGAAGAGGUGGUGGAGGAGAUGCUGCUCCGAGGCAACGCCCCCUGGGGCUUCACCCUGAGGGGGGGCACGGAGCACAGGGAGCCUCUGGUCAUCACCAAGGUGGAGCAGGGCAGCGUGGCGGCGGCCGUGCGCCUCCGGGCCGGCGACGAGGUGCUGAGCGUGAACGCCGUGGCGCUCAGCGGCUCCCGCCAGGAGGCCGUGGGCCUGGUGAGGAGCUCCCACAGGACGCUGAGCCUGGUGGUCCGAAGGAAGAAUGACCCCAACUCGCGCCCCCGCUCCUGGCACCACGCCUCCAAGCUGACGGAGGAGGAGUCCGAGGCCGCCGCGCGGGCCUGGCCCCCCAAGCAUGAAGCCAGGCCCAACGAGUCGUCCAGCCAAGGGGACCAGAGCUCCCAGUGUCCGCUGAGCUCAGGGACCAGCAUGGAGAAGCUGGAGCGCCCCCCCCAUCCCGCCCCCCUGCUGUGUGGACCAGGAGGCAAAAGAGACUCCGCCUUCAGCUGCUUCUCCAUCGCCUCCAGCCCCCCGGGUCAUGACCACCGAGCCUCUGAUGGGAAGGGGACCAGCGCUGAAAACACCUCCUUCGAGGGCCCUCACGGGGAGGGGCCUCAGCGCCGGUGCCCCUGGGAGGCGGCGAGGGGCGAGGAGCAGUGCGCCCCUCAGCGCUCUUUGGCGGGGAGGCCCGGCGUGGGCCUGCAGUGGCAGGGACCAGAGAAGAUGGAGUCCCAGUCUCCUCCCCCACAGCCCCCCCUGCGCACUGACAGCUUCGCCGGCACCAAGGUGUUCCCGUGCCCCGAGGGGCCGGGAAGCGGCCUCGAGUCUCGGGAGGGGAAGACCUCGGCGGCGAGGCGUAGCCUCAGCCGGCUGCCCACCAGGGACUUCCUCCACCCCAACGCCGCGGGCCGCAGACAGCUCCCCCCCGGCAGACCCUUCUCGCUGUCCAGCAACGACGUCCGACAGCCGCACCGCGGCCAGCCGGCCGCCCACCAGAGGCAGCGCAGUGACGAGGGCCCCCUCGGGAGGCCGACCGGGCCGCCGCUCGCCGCCGCCGCCAAGGUCCAGAGCGUUGGGAGCUACUAUCGCAGCCUCCAGGACCUGCCCGGCAGCAUCUUCAGCCGCAAACACGUCCGGCACGCCGCCGCGAGCUCCGCAGCCGACCCGGAGCAGGAGAACGGGAGGCGGGGCCGGUACCGCGGCCCGGCCAGCGAGCCUUCGGCCGGGCUGCAGGUCGGGCGCGGCGAGGAGACGAAACACGCCCCGCCUCGGCUCAAGGAGCGCGGCGAUGAGGCGAGGGGCCGCGGCGCAGCGCGUCAAAGCACGGGACCCGCGGCCGGCCUUUCGGAGCACCCAGACCCGUGGGUGCCGCAGGAAGACCAGCGGAUCUCCCUCCUGAAAACCCCGCUCCUCCACUCGCUGGCCCGGGAGAGCAGGGGCCCGGGCGGGGGGGGGGCGGCGAAGGCGGGCGCCGGAGACGGCGAGACCGCCGGCAGUUUCAAGUGCAACCGCCGCAGCGAGCGCUACGCCACCACCCUGCGCAACGAGAUCCAGCGGAAGCGGGCUCAGCUGCAGAAGAGCCGCAGCGCCGCGACCCUGACCUGCGCCGAGGAGGAGGCGGAGGAGGAGGAGGAGGUGGAGGAGGCAGAGGAGUGGACCUCCACUUGGACGGCCAUGUCUUCUGGCGUCUCCUCCUCCAACGCUUACAAGGACCACCUGAAGGAGGCGCAGGCCAGGGUCCUCCAGGCCACCUCCUUCCAGAGACGGGACCUCGGGCCCCUCGGGCCAGAGGCGGUUAAAAGCACCAACAGACGCUUCCGAGGACGUAAGCGCUUCCCGCUCGCCAAGAAGGUGCACUCCUUCUCGGAGCCGGACAAGAUGGACAACGUGGGGGUGGAGGGAGAACCGCACGCCGGGACUUUCGGAGAGCGGAAGAAGUUCUUUGAGGCCAAACCGGGGUUUUCCAGGCCGGCGCUGAGGUCCGGUCAGGGACCAACCCCAAGGGCGGACCUCGGGGAGGUGGGCAGAGGUCCCGCGGCACGGCGCCGCAGCCCUGGACGCGAGCGGGCGUCGGAGCCGCCGAGGCUCGGGUCCUUCGCCGAGUACCAGGCAACGUGGAGCCGACAGAAGAAACCGGCAGAGGCCAAGGCGCAAGGGAGGUACCACUCAGCGGAGAACAUCCUGGAUGCAGAGGGUGAGGAGAAGGCCCCGUGCAUCCACGAGAGGUCCCGGUCUUCUCCCUCCGCAGACUUCUACACACAGAAUAAUGCUUCCUCUUGCAAAGACCCUCAGCAGAGCAGUCACAGAGGAAAAACGGAGAGCACGCCGCAGUCGGUCCCGGGCCUCCCAGACCACAGGCCCAAACCAGACGCUGCCCGCCCCCCCCACACCACAGCACAGGAUCCACCCCCGCCUCCACAAACCCUCCUGCCUCCGCCCAGGCCCCAUUUAAGCCCAGAAACCACAUCCUCCGCCCAGGAAUUCCUCGCUGGCGCCCGGGCCGAGCGGCACCACGCCGCCGGCCCGGCCCCCAGCGCGUCCCGGGGAGGUGGGGUGAAUGAGGCAGAGGAGGAGGAGGAGGAGGAGGAGGAAGAGGAGGAGAAGCCGCUCUGCUCCUGCGCGGCCGCUCGGUCGCUCCCUGCGACGGACCGGGCGCCGUCUCCCUGCCCCCAGCUCGCCCCCCCGAGGCGGGACGACUCACCUGUCAGGUCAGAAAACGAUGUGAAGCUCCCCGCCGAGAUGGAACCCGUCGGCGCGGUGGGGAAAGCCCCCCCCCCACAGGACCCGGCUCAGGCCUCAGCCACAGUCCAGGGGGCUCGUCGAUCAGAGGAGGACGCCAAAAGAGAGGAGCUGGCCAGGGACAUCAUUAGAAAGGACAAGUCCCUGGUGGACAUCCUGGACCAGAGUGGCAGGAUGACCACCAUGGACCUGAUGGAAGGACUCUUUCCCACGGAGGAGCAGGUCCUGGAGGGGGCACACCUGCGGAGGAGGGCCUCCUCGGGCUCCAGACUGCCCACCUCACCCCCCAGGAGCAGGGACAGCAGAGAAGAGGAGGACUUGUCUGCAUCGGCCUCCCUGGUCCCCAGCUCCUCCUACUACAACACAUCUGCUCCCAAAGCCGAGCUCCUCAUCAAGAUGAAGGACAUGCAGGAGCAGCUGGAGGAGCAGGACUCCGAGGACGAGCCGGACGUCGACCUCGCCCGUAAAAAGCAGGAGCUGAUCUCCAGCCUGGCCCGGAAGCUGGAGGUGCUGCGGGAGGCCCGGCGCAGCCUGCAGGAGGACGUGGAGGACAACGAGGCUCUGGGCCGGGAGGUGGAGGCCACCGUGCGGCGCCUCUGUCAGGCCAACCAGCUCGACAAGUUCUGCAUGUUCGUGGGCGACCUGGACAAGGUGGUGAGCCUGCUGCUGUCGCUGUCGGGGCGGCUGGCCCGGGUGGAGAACGCUCUCAACGGCCUGGAGGACGAGGCGCCGCCGGAGGAGAAGAGAACCCUGACGGAGAAGCGGAAGUUGCUGAUGCAGCAGCACGAGGACGCCAAGGAACUGAAGGAGAACCUGGACCGCCGGGAGCGCCUGGUCUCCGGCGCCAUGGAGGCCCGCCUGGAGGCGGCGAGCCUGGACGACUACCGGCACUUUGUGAAGAUGAAGUCGGCCCUCAUCAUCGAGCAGCGCAAGCUGGAGGACAAGAUCAAGCUGGGCGAGGAGCAGCUGAAGGGGCUGAUGGAGAGCCUGCCGCCGGACACCAGGCCGCGGAUCUGAGGCCUUCUCGUGAAACCCGUCGGUACUGAAAGCUGGAGAAGAGGCCUCAUGGGCUUUUAUUGACUGCGGAGGAUGAAGAAGGAUUCGGUAUUUACUCUUUCAUUCCGUCUCCAGGAGCUGAAUAUUAACCCUGCUUUUCGCUUCAUCUGGUUUGCUCCAUGUUUUACUGCGUCUACGCCCACAUCUCCACAGGGAGGAGGAGUCAAGGUCAAACAUCCUUCUGACCCUUCGUGUGAGACGCAUCGCUGCUUCUGCAUCGCAUCAAAGAAACGAGUUGAUUAACUUAGAUCUUUAACUUAGACGGAGGACCUCAUUGUGGAGCGACCUCUUUAUUGCAUGUUGCAUAAUAACUGGGUCACCUGGUGAGGACGGCAUGUUUUCUGGAUGGUCUUUGUCGCCUUGGUUUGACUCUUACUUAUCUGUAGACGUGGCGUCUGAUGGACUGACGUGGGCGUGUACCC